UACCCAUAGAAAACAAAACAAAAUAACCAAUAAAACUCUCCUUCUGGCCUUUCAGUGGUACACCUGCUUUUGGAUGUGCUAAGCUUUGACCAAACCCUAUGCUUCAGAGAUUUCCUGCGAAAAAGAUGCAGCCUGUUGAUGAGCAGUAGCAUCAGCAGAGAAAGAUUCGACUAACCAAACCCAGGAUCUUCCUUUUUUCUUUCCACCCUCCCCUCACCUGGCUUUCAGAAGACUAACAAGGGAAGAAACAAAACAUUUAAUGGCGGGAUGAAGAAAUGCUAUGCUCUUCUCUUCCUUCACCUGUUCAAAGAUUCCGUCCCCUGAGAUCAGGCCUCAGAAAAGCUGAGAGUCGGGAGAGAAGAAAAAGAUAGAGUAUGUAACAUAGUAGGAAAAAAAGAGAGAAAAGACAAAAACAGGGACUGUUCACGAGACUGUCCAUGAAGUAGAAGAGAGGAAGUAUUAUCUUUUCGGAGGAGACUAAGCUCUUGAAAGAGAUAAAGAGAGGUGGAAGACUGGGGUGGAGAGUUUUUUUUUGGUUCUCUCUCAAUUCUACGGCGGUGCUCUGCUACCAAACUCACUACGUUGGAGCCUUGGAGAACGUGGAGAAAUAGACCACCGCUGCUGGGAGAAAGGAGCCAGCUUUGCGAUAAGAGGCAAGGUUUCUAACAUUGAGAUGCGUCCUCCUCUCUUUUGUUCUUCUGUCUUUUCUGCUAAGAGUUUGGAGAAGUGGAGAAUAUUUGGAGACGCGAGGAGUUACCUGCAGUGUCUUUUGUUAUCUGAGGAAAUGGAGCACACAUCUUUUCCUUCCUUCCUUCUGGUCUCCUUCUACUUUGAAUUUUGAAGUUUGCUAGACCUCCUGAGGCUUUCCCCACCAGUACCCUAAGCUCCUGUCCUUGUCUUCAAAGUUUUUGUCCGGUUCCGACUGCCGAGAAAUGGGCCGAGCUACGAGGUGGCUAAGAAGCCUUCUAGGCUGGAAGAAGGACACAAAGGAUCAAAAGGACAAUGCUGGUACCAGCGUUGGAGAAAGGAAAGAGAAGAGAAGGUGGAGCUUUGGGAAGCUCGGGAAGGGCUCCAGCGAAGUGGAGGACCAGAAUCCGGCGCCGGCAACAGAGUCGGCAUGGAUGAGAUCAUUCAAAGCUGAGAGCAAGGAGCAGAACAUGCAUGCUAUCGCUAUGGCUGUCGCCACCACCGCAGCAGCUAGUGCAGCCGUGACGGCAGCUCAGGCGGCGGUGGAGCGGCUCCAGAGCCAGGGGAAGGGUACUAUGUUUAACGGCGUCAUCGAGCGGUGGGCGGCCAUUAAGAUUCAAACGGCUUUCCGAGGAUAUCUAGCAAAGAGAGCUCUUCGAGCUCUCAAAGCUUUAGUAAAGAUACAAGCUCUAGUUCGAGGCUACCUUGUGAGGAAGCAAGCAGCAGCAACUCUUCACAGAUUGCAAGCUCUUAUAAGAGCUCAGGCCACUGCUCGGAAGCAGAACUCUUGCAGCCUUUCUACAAAAUAUGGAAGAUUUGAGCCAGAAAUUUUCCCCCGGAGAUCAUACGAAAGAUUUAAUGAACGAAGUAGUGAACAAUUAGCACCAGUUCAUAGCCGGAGGCUGUCGACAUGCCUCGACAGUCCAACCUACAGAUUCAAUAGGAGCCCAAAGAUUGUUGAGAUGGAUACUUGCAGAACAAAGUCAAGAUCUUCCCGCAGAAUCAGCCAUUCUGUGUCAAAGCCUACUGAAGACAAUCACUCACUGCCCAUUGCCUCUCCAUUUCCAUAUCAAAUUCCACCGAGGCUCUCCAUACCUAUCGGGAGAAUCUCCGAAGACCGGGCCUCAAGCCUCGGCGGCGAUGACAAAUACCGGUACUCGAAGACUGCUCAUAACACCCCUCGCUACGUGAGCUAUGCAAGCAAUACCCCAGCAACACCAGUGCAGAGCCUAGAUGCCGUUGAUGGGGUUCUGCGGCGAAUUCUUAAUAUUCGAAACCAGCCAAACUAUAUGGCAAACACCAGCUCAUUUACGGCGAAGGUGCGAUCGCAGAGCACACCAAAGCAGAGACCGGAGAUGGCAGGGCAGAGGAAGAAGGUAUCAUUGAAUUCGAAUGAGGUGGAGUCCAGGGCUUCCUCGAUUGGAUUUGGGUCGAGAAAGUCUUGCUCGCAAGCGCAGGGAGCCUAUAAGUUUAAGAGCGCGGUGGUGGAGAGGCUUGAUCAGUCUGUUGAAUUGGGUAGAGACUACUACUUACAGAGGAUGUGGUGAUCAUGGAGUUUAGAAACAGAAGCACUACAGCAGCAUUGCCUGCACAAAUCUGGUUAUUGUAGAGGUUUGCUGCUGAUAGAUGAAAGCAUCAUGGAUCUUUUUACAGUUGGGAUAAGGGAGGAAGAGAGAAUGUGCAAAUGCUACAAGUUUGAUGGGUUUCUUGUUUUUUUGCUGCUUUAAUUACAUAGUUCUAAUGAAAAUGUUCAGCUUUUAAUGUAAGAUA